UUUAGUCAAGAACACAGCAGUUUACUCUGUAAUUCAGAAUCUUUUUUGGUCUUGUAACAUUUGAUGUACAUGUGCAUCGGAAGCAAGAAGAAACACCUCUCUGAGUAGCAAAAGGCAAUAGUCAAGGGGUUUGAUUCUCAGCAGCCUAACAUGUCCCGGAAAAGCAGUACCACCCCAGCAGGGCGUGUCAAAGUGGAUGAGGAUUCAGAGAUCAUGGCUGUGAGAAGCAACAGAGUGGUGCUGGAUAAUUCUGUUGGCCCUGCAGAGAUUGUCAUCAGCAAUGGCAAGAUAGUUGAUAUCGUGCCAAAGAGAAACUGGACCAGACCCAGUGGAGAAAAGAUACUGGAUGCUGGAGACCUUGUGGUCAUGCCAGGGAUAAUAGACCCUCAUGUGCAUGUCUGUGAGCCUGGACAUCCAACUCAUGAAGGAUUCGCAUCAGCAACAAAGGCUGCAGCUGCAGGAGGCAUCACCACUAUUCUCGAUAUGCCUUUGUACUCCUGUCCUCCAACAACAACCUUGUCUGCCCUUGAUACAAAGCUCCAGUCUGCUAAGGGGCAGUGUCAUAUAGAUGUUGCCUUUUGGGGUGGCAUAAUACCUGAUAAUCAGGCUGAGCUCUUGCCCAUGCUGAAGGCUGGUGUUCCUGGAUUUCAGUGCUUCCUGAUGACCACCGGUGUGGAAGGUUUUGCCCAUGUGCGUCUGCAUGAUUUACACAUGGCAAUGAAUGAAUUGCAAGACACAGACUGUGUACUCCUGUUUCAUGCAGAACAGGAGCUAAAUGAACCAAUGCCUGUCCUGGAGGACAGCACAGAGUAUGACACUUUCUUGGAUUCGCAUCCUGACACCAUGGAGAUAGAGGCUGCCAUCACCAUUGCUGAGCUUUGCCUUCAGUACAAGAUACCAUGUCACAUCAUUAAUCUCUCCUCUGCUCAAGCCUUGCCCAUCAUCAAUGAUGCUCGUCAGAAGGGAGCACCAAUCACUGUAGAAACGACCCACCACUACCUCAACCUGACAUCUGAAUGUAUUCCUCCAGGAGGCACCUACUACAAAUGCUGCCCUCCUAUUAGGGACAAAAACAACCAGGAACAACUGUGGGCAGCUUUGCAAGAAGGAGAGAUAGACAUGGUUGUCUCAGCCCAUACUCCUUGUUGCCAAGACUUAAAAGUUUUGAACAGUGGAGAUUUCCUCAAGGCUCAGGCAGGGAUUUCCUCACUACAGUUUGGUCUUCCUCUUUUUUGGACCUCUGCAAAAUCCAAAGGGUUCUCCUUCCAUGAUCUAGUACAAUUGAUGUGCAAAAAUCCUGCUACUCUGAGCAGACUGGAGGACCAGAAGGGGUCCCUUAGUCCAGGGAUGGAUGCAGACCUGGUCAUCUGGGAUCCAGAAAAGGAGUUUGAGGUGAAUAAAGAUAUGAUUCAUCAUAAGCAUAAGCUGACCCCAUAUCUGGGUUUUCAACUCUGUGGCAAGGUCUUUGCAACUCUUGUACGUGGCAGGCUGGUUUAUAUGAAUGGGAAAUUUGCACCCAAGCCAAAAGGAGAUUUGCUUCUGAUUGAAAGAAGGACACCCACAAGAGUCUCUUCCCCAUACUACUAAUGGAGGAGUGAGAACACAAGGAGCCUACUAGCCAAGUCAAAGUACCAGGGACACUUUGGGUCUGGAUAGAGGAAUUGUACAAAGUGAGU